UGAUGUAAAAGUUUCUUGCAUUCCUUGAAUCGAUCACAUUUCUUUCAUCUCGAAUUCGCGAAGUCUGGGAACAAGAAAAUGCUGUGGUUUUUCCAAGAAAGCCUUCCUUUACUCCUCGCUUCAUGUUCUCCCAGACACGCUCCAAAUCCACCUUGGUCACUAGGUGGAUUAGCAGAUAAUUCCCUCUCCGAUGACUCCAGAUAAUCGAUACGUUUCUCGACAUCUCCCACUCUUGUAACCACCUCAGAGAAUUUAGUCUCCAUGGCAGCGAUCGAUCGACGUAUCACUCCAAGAUCUUCCAAGUCAGUAACGACCUUUCUCAGCAAUGCCGAAAUGUUCAACAUCUCUCGCUGCAUUUCCCGCACUUCUCCGACUAAAUCAACUCCCUGGCUUGGGGCCUUCUCGGGGGUGUCAGCAAGAGCACGUAAGUGUCUUUUAAUGCCUCCAGAGCCUGAGGAUUUUGAAUUCUUUGACAUAUUGUCCUCCUAGAACAGUUAUGGAACAGAUUGUAUCGAAUCUAACCAGUUUAUGUCAUUAAAAGUGUUAAAACUAGCAAAGUGCGCAGAGCUCGCUGUUCACAUGUCCAAACCUCGCAUGACGUCACGUGACUCAGAUCAAAAGCAUUUUAAGCUUUGUUUGGUAUGAGAAUGAAUUCCACUCUUGGCUGACUUUUCAUGGGCUUUCAAAAAGUAAUCUCUCUCUUUUAAACUAUUCUUCCUGCUAAAUUGAAAUUUUGCUUUGGGGAUAUUUAAAUGUUUUAAAUAUUUUUUUCAAAGUCAAUUUCUGAGUAGAAUUGCAAGCUGAUAUGGCAAAUGGUCGACCUUGAAAUGAGACCAAUGAACAAAAAUAUUUCUCAUCAAACUCACAUUUAAAUACAUAUUAAAUCUUGAUGUCAGUCUGCAAAGCCAUACUUUUUUCAAAGAAAUCCAUCUUAAGGGUUUUAUGUCAAAAGCUUUCCUGAGGAAGUGUCACAUUCAAGUUUUUAUUAAUUUAUUUGAUGGCAGUUGAGUUCAUUGUGUCUUCAUUGCAGGUAAUCAUACUGUUUCUAGCCUCCCAACACCAAUGUAAUGGAAUGUGUGAAGCAGGAUUUUACAAAAAAGGACAUAACUGUUCAGAGUGCGAGAACGGUACUGAUUAUACUGCCUUUCGAAAUAAUCGGAAGUACUGUAUAAUGUGUACUCAAUGUGAUUUUGCUGCUCAUCAAGUAGAGGAUAGGCCCUGUACAACAAAACAGGACAGAGUCUGCGGAUGUAAACCUGGUUUUUACAAAAGUUAUCCUGACUUCUGUAAACCCUGUAAUAAAUGCAGAAACUGCACAGAAUGUUUAAACUGUGGAGAGAAAUGCAACCAACAACAGAGAAUUACAACCACACCAGCAGUUUGUGGAAAUGGCUAUUUUCCGAAUGGUGGACAAUGCCAAGACUGUGUAAAAUUUCGCUGCAAGAACGAGGUUUGUAAAUCUUUUUGUACCACCAUAAACAGUGGAUCACAAGGUUUGGCCUCUCAUCCUGACCAGCUCUUGCUAGUGUCUUUGAUCAUUGUGGUAGUAUUGGGUGGUCUUCUCUGUCUUCUUUUAAUCUGGGUCUAUAGAAAAAGACGGCUUUGCUGCCAAGCAAAACACUUGCAUCUUGGCAUGCAUCCAAACAUUCUGAUUCAACAAGGAGAUCAUUCAAAUAACCUAAUCAACAUUCCCAUAACAACGGUGAGAAAUGUCUCAGCCUGCAAUGAAACCAUCAUCAAAGCUUGCUCGGGGUCUCCAGUGACCAGCUACCCACACAGCCUCUUUAGUGAAGAUUGGCAGAGUAUCAUGGCUCCUUUGAUUGCAAAUGGAGACCCAAAAUUGGUGCAGGUGCUGCAGAAGGAGUCUUGGCCAGCGCCUGUGCUCUACACGAUCAUCAGAGAAAUUCCUGUACAACGCUGGAAAGAGUUUCUGCGGCUUCUUUCCGUGACAGAUGAUCAGAUGGAACGGAUUGAACUGGAGACAGGCCCGUUCUAUCUAGAAAAGCAGUACCAAAUACUACGUCUGUGGAGCCAGAGCAGUGGAGCAAAGCUGGAGAAUAUCUACUCAACAUUACACUACAUGAACCUGUCAGGGUGUGCCCAGGAGCUGCAAGAGAAGCUAGAGCAACUGCAAGAGAGCAUGAAAACAGCCUCAUCUUGACUUGAUCGCUUAUGUGUGAGAGCUGAAGCUGAAUUGUGCAAUCAUUUACAGAGAACUCUGUAUUGCAGACAUUUGUACUGUUGUUUAAUUGACAUGAAACUGUCAGUCAUAGUUAAAUAUCUAAAACAUUGCAUAAUGUUAAACAAAUCCAUAUUAUUUAGUGCCAUGUUCUUUGUCACAGCCUUUGAGUUACCACUAUACUGUACAAAUGUGAAUAUUUAAAGAGCAAUUGAACCUUUCAUAUUUUAUUCUAAAAUAAAUAAAUAAAUAAAUAAAUAGAUAAAUAAAAAAAGCACAAUAUUUUAGGUAUCUAUGGACUUAUAAAGGUACUCUACUGUUUUUCAGGAUAAACACUGGUGCUAGUAUAAACAGUAAUCAAAGAUAAUUAGUUCUGAGUCAUAUUUUACAUGAAGUAUUAUUUCACACUCAUUUUGUA